UCGCAUUCAGUCGCACAUUGCGUCUGAUAAGCCGAGCGAACCGAGCGAGCUCGACGAUUGCGAAGAUCGUCAAAAACCACCGGCAGGCAGUUCAUCCGUCCGUCCGUGAAAGUAUCGAACCGUUAGCGAUGAACUACGGACAGCAACACCGACGACGGACAUUGCGGCUCGCAUUGAUCGUAUGCAUCGUCGCGGCAGCAGCAGCAGCAGCAGCAGCAGUGCAUGGUGCAGAGGUGAUGACUGAGCCGACAGAAUCGUCCACCGCGUGUCCGCACAUCGUCAAGCGGGCCGCGUGGGGAGCGGCUCGCUCGAAGAAUGUCACCUAUCAGCUGAAACCGGUCGCGAAGGUCAUCGUGCAUCACACGACCGGCGAGCGAUGCCCGACCAUCGCCGCCUGCAAGGAGCAGGUCCGUGGCUUUCAGACGGCUCAUCAGAUGCAGAAUGGCUGGAGCGACAUCGGCUACAAGUACAAGUCAAGACUCUUCCUGAUCGGGCCGGCAACCAUCUACGAGGGGAUCGGGUGGCACCGUGUAGGAGCCCACUUGCGGGGCCACAAUCGCGACUCGAUCGGUGUCGCGUUCAUUGGCAACUUCGACCAAAUCCGGCCGACGCCCCGCAGCCUGGAGCAGCUGGACCUACUGCUGCAGUGCGGCGUCGAGCUGGGCGAGCUGACCGACGACUACCAGCUGUACGGGGCGCUGCAACUCCAGAGCACCAACAGCCCGGGCCAACGGUUGUACGCCAAGUUGCAGGAGCACGACCAUUGGACACCGUGGGGUAACUAAUCUUCCCGUGCGUGACAGUGACUUCCAUACUGAGCAGCACCUAACACUGCUUCCCGCGGCCACGGCCUACACAGAAGAAAAUAGAAAAGAACACACACACACGCACACACCUUCCAUGUGUUGAAUUAUAUCACCACCCGCGGAUCACUAUCUCGUUCGGAGUAGCACAACCUCUCUCGACGGAGCUACUUACUUGUUUGGGGGGAUCGUAUACCGGAAACUCCUUCGAAGUAGGAACCCAGCAAAAGUCACCUACAGUUUAAACACCAGACAACGUUACUUUACAUUCGACGACCGACGUUAACUACAAAUCGGGGCCGAGCAGUCCGGGGCUUCGAGCGGUCUGCGACACACAACGCGACGCCACUUUCGAAAAUCAAUCCUGGCUGUCCUGGCUGCUCGAAACG